AUCGUAGCUGAGCGUCGGCAAUUGUUUAUAUUUUGUAUAUAAGAGCCUAGCUCUUCCACACAAAAAAUAAUUUUUAUAUGGCAAAGAUGACCGCUAUGAGUUUUCUUGUGGUCCUCUCCGUUUUCACACUGCUUCUGCAGGUGAACGCUCAUUUACCAGCACCUUCACCAGCCAUGAAACAGGAUCCCGGCUUGACGUGGUCGGGAGCAUCGCCGAGACCAUCGCCGGGAGCGUGGCCGGGAUCAUGGCCGGGAUCGUGGCCGGGAUCGUGGCCGGGAUCGUGGCCCGGAGAUUCCUGGCCCGGAGAUUCCUGGCCAAGUCCUUGGCCAUCUAGGAGGAAGUGCUGGAAAAAACACGAGGUUUACAAGAGUUGCGUUAGCAGCAGCUGCGCCGAGGACAAGUGCUGGAAGAAGCGUUCGCCGUUUUGCACUUAUGAUUGCCGGGAUGGCUGUUUCUGCAAAAACGGAUACUACAGGGAUCAAUGGGGACAGUGCGUGACCAAGAAGGAGUGCAAGAAUAACUACCCCUGGGGCAAACCGUAUGACCCAGGUUUCACAACACGCCCUUCCCCAUAUCCCGGGAACUACGGCCCCGGACAAUUUGGCUACGGUGGUCUUGAGAGGCUGUGAGAAUAGCCUGACACGUGCAAGAUCCACAGUACAUAAUAAAAUUGCCGAUGCUGCUGAUUUC